CAUAGGAAAUUUAGCAAGGAAACUUAUUGCAAGGGUGCGUGAUGUUCUAGGAACAUAUCAACAUACGAUACACCACAAAGUACAACUACAACUUGUAUUUAUUAACGUUAAAACCUGCCACAAUGUUGAUUGCAAAAGUUUAGCUGUUAAUGCCAUCUUGCACUGAAGCCACUUAAAGGACUGACAGAAGUCAGACAGAUGCACAAUCUUUCAAUCAGAGCAGGAAACUGCUCGUCAUGUGAUCUUUUGAUGAAAAAGACUUGCAAGCACUUGAAGCAGGAGAGUGAAAAGUCAUGACAGCGCCGCAGACGUGUGGGUGUGUGUCCACCAUCAUCCGGACCGUCCUCAUCGUCCAGUUUCUGCUGAUGAGCGUCAGAGGAGAUGGAGCAGAUUCUGGAGAAGAACUAGACCUCCGCUAUGUUUUUAUCGGAACUGGGGUCGGCGUGGUCUUAGCCGUGAUAUUUGUGAUCUACAAGCUGUGCCUCAUCAGGAAUCAAGCGCUCGCCAGCAGCACAGGUGGAGAGUCAGCUGAAGUGAUUAGGGGCGAUUCAAGAAGAGGAAUGUCGUUGUGACACCAGGUCAUGGACUGCAGAUGAAAAUUAGCCAUUUGACCAACUCUAAUUUUUUAUUACUGUAUGUAUAGUCCAUGCCCAUUAAACCAGUAGAUAAAAAAGAGUAUAUAUACAGUAUAUGUAUAUAUAUAUAUACUGUGCAUAUUUACUUGUGUUUAUUAUUCUAAACUUGACUUGACUGAGCCUUCACUGCUGAU